AUGGUCUGUCCUGUACGCGUAGUGUACGUCAAUAGUGGCUGCGGUGGAGGUGGAGGCAUGGCCGGGUACGGAGGUGGAGGAGGGACGAGUAGCUACGGCAGCGGUGGAGGCGGAGGUGGAGGAGCACUCAGUGGCCUCGGGAGUUUGUUUGGAGGUGGAGGUGGGAGCCUCUUUGGCGGUUCUUCGGGAGGCGGGAGCCUCUUUGGCAGCUCUUCGGGAGGCGGGCUGGGCAGCUUCUUCGGCAGCGGUAGCGGCGGCAGCGGAGGCGGACUUAGUAGUAGCUACAGCGCGCCCAACUCCGGAGGGGGCGGGUCGGGUCUCAGUGGAAGCUACGGAGUCCCGAGUUUCGGGGGAGGGGGGGGAGUCAGCAACAGCUACGGUGUUCCCAGCUUCGGAGGAGGGGGCUCGGGGGGAGGAAUCAGCAGCAGUUAUGGUGUCCCCAGUUCAGGAGGUGGAUCAGGGUAUGGAGGAAGCUCUGGCGGAGGUGGAGGAGGAGGUGGAUCAGGGUAUGGAGGAAGCUCUGGCGGAGGUGGAGGAGGAGGAGGUUCAGGGUAUGGAGGAAGCUCUGGCGGAGGUGGAGGAGGAGGAGGUGGAUCAGGGUAUGGAGGAAGCUCUGGCGGAGGUGGAGGAGGAGGAGGUGGAUCAGGGUAUGGAGGAAGCUCUGGCGGAGGUGGAGGAGGAGGAGGUUCAGGGUACGGAGGAAGCUCUGGCGGAGGUGGAGGAAUACAAUUUGCAAAGAAAUUAAAAGUUACAUCUUGA